GCGAUGCCGGCGGACCUCAGCAAGUGGACUGGGCCCUUGAGCCUGCAGGAAGUGGAUGAGCAGCCGCAGCACUCGCUGCAGGUCAAAUACGGCGGGGUAGAGAUCGACGAGCUGGGCAAAGUGCUGACGCCCACCCAGGUCAAGAACCGCCCCACCAGCAUUACAUGGGAUGGCCUUGACUCAGGUAAACUCUACACCUUGGUCCUGACAGACCCAGAUGCUCCCAGCAGGAAGGACCCCAAAUACAGGGAAUGGCACCAUUUUCUGGUGGUCAACAUGAAAGGCAAUGACAUUAGCAGUGGCACAGUCCUCUCCGAUUAUGUGGGCUCGGGACCUCCCAAGGGCACAGGGCUCCACCGCUAUGUCUGGCUGGUUUACGAGCAGGACAGGCCACUGAAGUGUGAUGAGCCCAUUCUAAGCAACCGAUCUGGAGACCAUCGUGGCAAAUUCAAGGUGGCAUCUUUCCGCAAAAAGUACGAGCUCAGGUCCCCAAUUGCAGGCACCUGUUACCAGGCUGAGUGGGACGACUAUGUGCCCAAACUCUAUGAACAGCUGUCAGGGAAGUAGGG